GCGUCAGGACUGGGCAGAAUGAAGCCCAACACAGUGAUGCUGGGGUUUAAGCGUGAUUGGAGAACCAGUAAACCACAGGACGUCCAGAACUAUGUAGGAAUUCUCCACGAUGCGUUUGACUUUGAGCUCGGGACAGUGAUAAUGAGAGUCAGUCAGGGGAUGGACAUCUCACACAUCCUCAAAGCAGAAGAGGAGAUGGAGCGCAUGAUCAUGGAGCAGCAGGCGCUGGAGAUGGAGGAGAAUGACUUUCAGCCCGGACCUAAAGGCUUCUUCAACCGGGCCAAGAAAACCUCUAAAAAAGAGCUGACUAGCAAAGUGUCUCUAGGCGUUCCUCAGGCCUCAGAUCUGGCCAAGCUGAACCAGCGUCUGGUGGAGGCCAGUGGGCAGUUCAAGCAGCAGCAGGGCAAGGGCAGCAUCGAUGUCUGGUGGUUGUUUGAUGAUGGAGGUCUCACACUGCUGCUGCCGCACAUUCUGACCACACGCAAGAAGUGGAGAGACUGCAGACUGCGCAUCUUCAUCGCUGGACAGCCGGAGCGCAUACAGCAGGACAAGAGCAGAAUGCAGUUGCUGCUGAAGAAGUUCAGGAUCAAGUGUGAAGACAUCAAAGUGAUUUCAGACCUCAACAUCAGACCCAGCGCUGAGAGCUGGAAGCUGUUUGAGGACAUGAUUGAGCCGUUUCGUCUCCACGAGGGCUCCAAGGACAGCAGUCAGACUGAAACUCUGAGGAAAGAGCAGCCCUGGAAGAUCACAGACGCAGAGCUUGAUGCCUUUGAGCAGAAGACGAUCCUGCAGGUGCGUCUGAAUGAGCUUCUACAGGAGAGUUCGAGAGCUGCUAAACUCAUCGUGGUGAGUCUCCCUAUCGCCCGUAAAGGCUCUGUCUCUGAUCACCUGUACAUGGCUUGGCUGGAAGCGCUCACUAAGAAUCUCCCACCGACGCUGCUGAUCCGCGGAAACCACCAGAGUGUGCUGACCAUCUACUCAUGAACACACACACACACACACACACACACGCACACACACACACACACACACACACACACACACACACACACAGGCAGUGUUCAGAUCAACACACUACUCCUGCAAUGUUUAUUCUCAAAAUAAACACAAUUCACUCUAUUUCACAUAUCUCUUCAGACACUUCUACAGAACAAAAUCUCUUAGAUGUACUUAAAGGGCCAGCUCACCCAAAAAUAAAAUAUGCUGUCACUGCUGACACGUCCUAUGCUUGUUACAAACAUGUUUGAGUUCCUUUCUUUUUUCAAAGAAGAAAAAAGUAGGGAAAAGAGGAAAAUAUUCUGAAGAAUGUUAUUAACGGGUAACCAUUGAUCACCAUAGUAUUUUUUACUACUAUAGAAAUCAAUGGUUACCGGUUUCCAGCAUUCUUCAGAAUAUCUUGUUUAGUUUUCAACAGAAUAAAGAAACUCGAGAGUAAAUAGUGGGGAAUUUUCUUUUAUUUUUGGGUGAACUGUGCCUUUAAUUUACCAUGCAACAUGAUGUACAGUUGAAGACUACAUUGUUCACCCUCCUGUGAAAGUUCGAUUCUUUCUGAAAUAUAAUGUUUAACAGAGAGGUUUUUCAACACAGUCUGACAACAUUUAGUUUUAAUAACUGAGAACUCUUUUCUUUUGUCUUUGUCAUGAUGGUACAGUACAUAAUAUACCAGUUAUUCUGCAGGAUAUUAGUAUUCUGCUUACAGUGCAACUUAAAUGCUUCACUAGGUUAACUAGGCUAGUUAUUGAAUAACAGUGGUUUGUUCUGUAGGCAAUGAAGACAUUCUUGAGGGUGCUAAUAAUAUUGACCACAGCAGUUUUACAAUAAUAAUUUUGAUCACUUUAUUUUAAAGUAAGAUGUUCGCAAUUAACAAAUCAUUACCUCUUAAUAGACUCCUAAUUUCCUGUUUAUUAUUAGCUAUUAAGUGAAUGGGCUAUAUGCACACAGACUUUUAAUUUUCAGCCCGGUGGCUUACGGUGACCUGCCUUUCCAUUACAAAAUUGCCACGUUUAAGAUCUGAUUUCUUUAAAAACAGCAAUCUUCACUGCCUGUUAGAUAUGAUAUGAAGUGGGUCUCAGAUCGGACAAGAAGCACUGCAUUAAAUCCCAUUUCCCCCUGACAUGUCUUUAAAAUAUGGCGUUUGUUUUACCCCAGUGUUUUCAAUGGAAUUUCUGCACUGGCCUGUUGCAACUUUCAUCUCGUUUUACGCUUGAACAACGAAACGAAUGCGUAAGUCUAUUUAACUGAACGUAUUGUAAUUACAUUACAACAUCGAUGCUGUAAAAACAACCUUGUGAAAUUGAAAAUGGUCACAUUAAGCUAACCGGAAGUUUAUCAUCGGCUUUAAAACUCUAGCUGUGCAUAAAGAGCCCAUUGAUUGGGUUUAGGUAUUAGGGAUACAGACUAAGAUCAUGCAGAAUAUGUGCUUUAUAGCUACUAAUAAUCAGACAAUAUCGUAAUAUUAGACAGGCUAACAGUAAGAACUGGUACUUUGGUAAAAAAAUAAAAUAAAAGAAACAAGACUUUCUCCAGAGGAAAAAUAAUAUGAAAUACUGUGAGAAAUGUCCAUGCUCUGGGAAUAAUACAAUCACUUGGAAAAUAUUUGAAAAAGAAAUUAAAAUGACACAAGAGGGCUAAUAAUUAGUCUUGAACUAUAUAUUUAGCACACUGCUGUGUGCACUGUGAACACUGGCCUGCUCUACACUGCCCUCUACUGGACACUACAGAUCUGUGUGAACCAUAGAAAUGCACUUUAGUGUCAAACUCACAAAGAUUCAUCAAAGUAUAAUAUAUAUAUAUAUAUAU